AUGGCUGCGGAUGAAGCUUCCUUGUUGCCGCCGCCACCGCCUGGGUCUCCUCGUCCCGAGACGCGCGAGGGUUUUGAUGACCGCCGAGGUAGGGAAAUAUCGUCGUGAAUUCGCCUCCUCAGAUGCUAUUCUGCUGUUUUUUUCCCUUUAUGAUUUCCGGAUUUAAUUUGAGAUGUGCGAGUCUGGGGUUCCGAUUUCAGAUCAGACCUCUCAAGCCCUGCAGGUCGCGGAGGAUAGCGCUGCCGCUGUUCCCUUCUUCGGUAAUCUCUCUCUCUGUCUCUCUCUCUAGAUAUGCUCGAGGAAAGACUUUGAUCCGGUUAUUUGAAACUACAUCAACUUGUGGCUGCUCACCGAUUUCUGAAUUCCUUCGGUCUCCAUGUUUGUUCAAGCAGAAGAGGAAACCUCAGUCGAUCCCGCCGUCUCGGAGGAAUCCAAUGGGGAUCUCCUACAAGGUCUGUUCGUUUAUGAAAGAAACUUUUACUUUCGUUCUUCUUUCCUGUUAUGCCUUUUCUCAGGGUUUCUGUGGAAAUUCUAGCAGACGUGGAUGAGAAACCUGCACUUCCCCGUGAGCAAGAUAGCAUUAGCGCUGUGAUACAGGUUCGAAUAGAAGAAUUCUGGCGUUAUUCUUUGAUAUCUAUCUGAUUCAACGAUAAUUUGUCUUCUAAUUCGGCUUUAUUUCUUCUAAUAGGCACUCGAGGAGGACAGCUUUAUCCCUCCGGAUGUACUCGACGCUACACUGAAGGGCUCCGACCCUGCGCCUGAUCUCUCUUUUUCUCUUCACCUUCUUGGUACGAUCCUUGCUCACCUUCUCUGAUGACGUCUUCUGUGUGGAGUCGUCAUUCUUACUCCUCGUCUUGUUCGGAAAUUCCAGGUACAAAGUACAACGAUCUCGUGAAGAGAUGGCUGGAGAAGAAAUCUCUUGAAGAAUCUGCGGCGCCCAAACAUGAAACCCUAACGAGGAAGUACGCAGAAUUAUGGGCAGAGCGGAAGCGCCUGUACAACGAAGUAAUCGAGCUGAAGGGCAACAUCAGGGUCUUCUGCAGAUGCAGGCCGAUGAACUCUGAAGAACUCUCCAAGGGUCAUUCCUCGGUUUUCGAAUUUGACCCAUCGCAGGACUCAGAGCUGCAGAUACUGACCACCGAGAACUCCAGGAAGCAGUUCAAAUUUGAUCAUGUCUUCGGCCCUCAGGACGACCAAGGUAGAAGAUCCAGAGCUCUCGUUAAUGGCUGCUCUCCUAGAAUUACCGCCAACCCAGAAGUUCUUUAAUCUGAUGAUGAGAGAGAACUCCCUGUUUCUUCGUUCGCAGAGGCCGUCUUUGCGGAGACGAGGCCCAUGGUGAUGUCUGUGCUGGACGGGUACAACGCCUGCAUAUUUGCGUACGGGCAGACGGGCACCGGGAAGACCUUCACAAUGGAAGGGACUCUGGAGAACAGAGGCGUCAACUACAGGACGCUGGAAGAGUUGUUUAGGGUUUCGGAAGAGAGGAGCUCCCUGAUGAGGUACGAGUUCUUCGUGAGCAUGCUUGAGGUCUACAACGAGAGGAUCAGAGAUCUCUUGCCGGAGAACCCGAAUCUUCCAUCCAAAAAGUAAGCAAACCCUGCAACCCAGCCCGGAAUGUGAAUUUCUGUCUGGAAUCAUGGAGACGACGUGAAUUUUCUGUCUCCUCCAAUCCACGAAGGUUGGAAGUGAAGCAAGCUGCCGAGGGAACCCAGGAGGUCCCUGGUCUCGUCGAAGCCCAAACUUUCAGCAUUGAUGGAGUUUGGGAGCUGCUUCAAGCUGGCGCGAGGAACAGAUCUGUCGGAUCCACCAAUGCAAAUGAACUCAGCAGCCGUUCUCACAGGUAAAAAUCUUCUUCUUCUUCUUCUUCUUCUUGCUGGGUUUUCUUAUUCUUUAAUGGAGAUUUGCUCUUCCUGCUUGCAGCCUGGUUCGUGUGACCAUUAGAGGGGAGAACUUAAUGAAUGGAGCGAAGACUAGGAGCCACCUGUGGCUGGUGGACCUGGCAGGGAGUGAGCGCGUGGGAAAGAUUGAGGUUGAAGGAGAGCGACUGAAGGAGUCGCAGUUCAUCAACAGGUCUCUCUCCGCACUCGGGGACGUCAUCGCCGCCCUUGCCUCCAAGAACCCGCACGUACCUUACAGGCACAUUCCUAAACCCAAACACUCUCUCUCUCUCUCUCUUCCUUCCUCUCCCCCUUCUCACUCUCUUUCUAACAUGGACCAUUGUUGAAACCGUAGGAAUUCGAAGUUGACCCAUUUGCUACAGAGCUCUCUGGGUAUCUACUCUCACCUUCCUUUCUGCAAUUUUUUUCCAUUCAUCUGCUGGGUCUAGAUCUUCAUCUGAUAAAAAGUCAAAUCAACGUGUUCUUCCAGGGGGAGACUGCAAGACUCUCAUGUUCGUCCAGAUCAGCCCUUCCUCCGCGGAUCUGGGAGAGACCCUCUGCUCUCUGAACUUCGCCACCCGAGUCAGGGGGAUCGAGCAGGGCCCCGCACGCAAACACGCGGACCCGUCUGAAUCUUUCAAGUUCAAGCAGAUGGUGAGGGACUUUUUGAUUUUCUUGUGGGAUCUUCUGAGAUGGAGGGAAGACUGACGAUGGGGAAUGGCCAUAUCUCUGAAGGCGGAGAAGCUCCGGCAGGAGGAGAAGGAGAGGGCUCGGUUGAAUGAUACCCUGCAGCUCUUGCACGUCAAGUACGCCUCCAGGGAGAACGUCUUCAAGGAGAAGGUAAUUCGACUGAAUUCGGAUCUUCAUAAAGUUGAGUUUUUUUUGUUUUUUUGGUUUUGGGUUUUUGGCUGAAUCUGAGAACUGGUGAAAGAACAGCUCAGAGAUCUUGAAAACCAGCUGGCUGAAGAGAGGAAGGCCAGGCAUCUGCACCAGGAAGACGGGAACAGAUUCCACAACAAGCCGCCCCUUCCUCCGGCGAACCAGCGGCGGCAGCCCCUGGGAAGAAUCUCGAGCAACUUGCCGCCGCCGGCUCAGCCCAGAGGCAGCGGUGGCGGCGGCGAUUGGCUGGCGCCGGUGCCGGAGAAGGAGAAUCUCCCCUCGGUGAAGAGGAAGCUCGAUAAUGGCGGCGGAGCAGGCGGCGGCGCCACUGGGAAGCCGCCGCUGAUGAAGGCUCGCAGGAUCUUGCUGGCUCCCGUGGUCCGACCAGCGGCGGCGCCGGCGGCCGGCCAGUCACGGCGGAGAGCCUCCAUCGCUGCCGUGCCCGGCGGCGCCGGCGAUCGCCCCCGGGCGAGGCUGAGCCUCGCCUUCAGCCGCGAAGUUGCUGCCACUGCUGGUUCCGUCCUGAGGAUCCCCCGGCGGAGAUCGGUGAUGAUGAUGCCCCUGGGAACGCCGGACGGGAAAGCGGGAGCCCGCGGCGGUGGAGGCGGCGCCGCCGCCAGCGGAAACAAGUUCUCGAGCCCGCCUCAGCAAGGGCAGUGGAGGUCGAGGAUCCCCUCCAUGGCCUCACCGCGGCAGAGGCUGCGCUUCCUCUCGAGCCCGGCGGCUAACAGGAACAUGUCGUCGGCGGGCGGCGGGGGCGCCGCCCAGCCCGCCGGCGGCAAGCUGUGCUUCAGCGUCCAGAAAAGGCUGGUGGUGGGCUCGCCGCUGAUGAAGAUGAAGUCCUUCGCCUCGCGAGAAGCCGCCGCUCCUCCGUCCAUCAUCGGCAGGUUCGGCAGCGCGCAGAGGAUCCUCUCCACGAACAGGAGGAAAUCUGUCUUCUGA